UUUUUUUUUUUGCAGAACUUGGUUUAGGGGAUUGCUAAUGGUACAUCAGCGAAAUCAGUCAUUCGGAAAUCGUUGAGGACUUAUUACCUUAGUUUCAUUGUUAGGUUGUUAAUCAUGCUUUUUUUAGGCGUAAGGUCACAGAUUAACUGUAUUUUUGCAUGACUUCUCACCGCUGCUAGUGUGUAGGUGCUGAUCCAAGAUCGGAUUGCUUAACCCUGAUGGGAGCAUCGGCAGGUCGUUUGGGAAAGCCGCAACCGUCUCAAGACCUGUACAUUGGAGGGUAACCCUCUGAUUCCCUGUCGUGAACUUCAGCGGAGGGCGGUCUUCCAAAUGUGCCUGUUUUUUGAUUUGCUCGGUUUUCGCGAGCACCGACCAAUGCACUGAGGGCAUCCAGUCGCUUACAGACGCUUGGGAGUCGCCGAACUAUUACGGAAUCGUUUAAAACUCUCCUUGCGUUUUAUGAAGAAGUAAGGAAAAUCGGCAACCCUUUUAACUCAAUCGUACAGUCGGCAUUUGUUUGGGAAGAUCAACCUUUCAUGCUAACAAGGAGUACGAUUUUACGGAAGAGCGCCAUGACAACUUUAGCCCAGACGAAGGAGAUCUUCAGGAGCGCGGACGCAGUCUGCUUCGACGUGGACAGCACCGUGAUCCGGGAGGAGGGCAUCGAUCAGCUGGCCAAAUUCUGCGGCGUGGGGGACGCCGUCACCGAGAUGACGCGCAAGGCUAUGGGGGGGUCCAUGUCAUUUAAAACAGCGUUGACCGAACGGCUGUGCAUCAUAAGAUGCUCUCGGGAACAAGUGAACAAGCUGAUUACUGACCACCCACCCCAACUGACUCCAGGUAUUAAGGAGCUGGUUGCACGCCUGCAGCAUGGCGGUGUGAAGGUCUUCCUCAUUUCCGGAGGGUUCCGCUGUAUUGUGGAGCACGUCGCCUCGCAGCUCGGGAUCCCCCUGCAUCACGUCUACGCCAACCGCCUCAAAUUCUACUUCAACGGCGAGUAUGCGGGUUUCGACGAGACGCAGCCCACCGCGGAGUCUGGUGGCAAAGGCAAAGUGAUCAGCAUGCUGAAGGAGAAGUACGGCUUCCAGAAGGUGGUGAUGAUUGGAGAUGGGGCCACGGACAUGGAGGCCUGCCCCCCUGCUAACGCUUUCGUUGGAUUCGGAGGAAAUGUGGUCAGACCGCAGGUGAAAGAGCGAUGCUUGUGGUACGUCACCAGCUUCGGGGAGCUGCAUAAGGAGCUGGACAAGAUCUAGGGAGUGGGCAGUGAUCCCUUCAGCGCGGUGCCCCCCCCACACCCUGACUGGGAGCCUCUUGUUGCAUAGGUAGUUCAUGGUUUGUGUUUUGGCAGUUUUUAAAAAAAUUUAAAUCUAUUCUCAUAUAAAACUUUAUAUACUUGCUACUGGAUUAAUUUUAUGUGUAUAGACCUAUUUAAUGAUUUAGUGAGAUUUAAGUUUAUGAAGAUGAGUCUGAGUUAAAUCAGGUUGACUAGCCUUGUGUCUAAUAUGGGUUGCUGAUGUGCAUCUGUGAAAGAGCAUCCUGGUGAAGUUUUUGAGCAGGAAAAAAAAUUAUAUAAAUUCUUUUUGGAAUAUGAUUUUGGUAUAGAUGUAACCCUAAUAUUAAACUAAACUUUUGAACAA